CAAGCAGUAUAUAAAGUGAGUGCACAUCUAUAUCAUUUGGCAGUUCUCCCUUUUCAUUAACAAGAAGCAUUGGGGAAACAACGUGAUGAAACUCAUAUUUUUAUCCAUAUUUUUAGCGUCUGCUUUACACCAGGCAGACAGCAAUGGCUAUUAUGACAAGAUUUUGUCACACAGUCGCAUAAGGGCAAGAAAAGAGGGGUAAGUGUGAUUUUGUCUAAAAUUGAAUUGUAUUACAUAAAUAAAAAGCCAUUUAAACAUAAGUUUGGGAUUAUUCUUUAAUAAGUUCGCAAAGUUUGGAUGGUGAUACACCCAUAAAAAUUAACAUUAUGGAAAAAAGUUUAAUACUUGACAAAUAUUUAAUCCUUAUUCAGAGAAACUUUAACUUGUUUUAUGUUGUUCUCUGAUGUUCAUCCCAAGAGUAUACAUCCAAUUAUGCAAACAAAAAUAAAUAACUUAUACAAGAGAUAAACUAAUAAACUGAUAGAAAAUGCAUGAUUUUUAGACUGAAUUAUUUGCUCUUUUGUAAGCAUCCAUUAAAAGAGUUUGUCAUAGGGAUUGAAUUACCAGAAAUUGUAUCAUUUGCUCAUUGCAGUGUAAUCCAAAUAUUAUUACAUUUACGUUUAAUUGCAUUAUUAGAGUUGGUCAGUUUCCUACAUAUAAUUUAAUUGAGGCAUUUUUACAUUGUUUUUAAGUUAAAACUCAAGGCAAGUGGACCUUAAGUUGAACACAUCUAUUGUUGCUCAUAGAGGAAUAUUUAUAUAAUUUAAAAAGCAUUAAUACGGUAUUUAAUUUAAUACUUUAACAUUAUUUUUCAUGCUUUUUUUAUGUUCAUUUAAAAUGUUUUUAAAAAAAUAAAAAAUAAAAAUAAUCAAUAGCAAUAACAGUCAAAAUUAUAAAAAAUGAUGUAACAAGGUGUUUAUUGACCAAGGACACAUGUCCUGUGAUGAUUGAACAAUACAAGUUCAAUGGUUAAAAAUCUUUAAAGUUGACAAUAUUUUAUUUAUUUUUUUACUUAAACCGUGUUAGUUUAAUGGUGCCGGAUGCCUGAAAUUGAUGGGAUUACCAAACAACUGAUGACUUUACCAUAUACUGGAGGUUUUCUAAACAAAGAAAUGCCCUUCCACAUGUGCUCUGGCUGCAACGGAUACAAUUUCAGUGUGGAGUGGGCUGUAGUUAUAAUGGAUUAGAACACUUAGUGCAAAAGCUAUAAAACACAUUUUAACAUGUUCCAGCACAACUGGCAACCGCUGCAAAGCAGAAAAGGAUAAAGCUUUCUUUUGUCUCUGUGCAGUGCAAAAAGGGGGCUAGGGGGAGAGUUCUUUUUUUAUUUGGUUUCUAAGCAUGUUUUGUGAAUCUGUGAAUUUAAAACUAACAAAGGAAACAAAUGACAAUUAAUUUAUAUGUAUGUGUUUUUUUUUAUUUUUUUAUAGUCCAAAUGUCUGUGCUUUGCAACAAGUUAUGGGAACAAAAAAGAAGUACUUCAGUACUUGCAAAAACUGGCACCAAGGGGCCAUCUGCGGCAAGAAAGCGUAAGUUUACUAUUAAUUUUUGUAUGGUUCUUUACUACUGGCGUGUGCAAAAUGCAACACUAGAAAAAGGUUAAAUACUUUGUUAUUAUUAUGACUCAUGUCUCCUUAGCUUUAUUGUCAAUGUUUAGAGUUUUUCUGACUACAAUCCUCAGCAUUCCUGGAAAGUGGAAUAACAUAAAGUAGUUGUAGGAUGAGCUGAGAGUUGUGGGGGUUGAUGUACUUUAGUCAUGGUUGUUCCAUGGUAGAUAGAUUUCCUUGUCUGGUUGUAGACUAGUAAUAGGUUUUCCUUGCCCUGUAAUAUGGAUACUGGGCUAUGAUCUAGGGGAAGACAUAAAUUAAACAUAAUGCUCUUGAGAUAUAUAAGGAGAACAGCAGAAGCAUUCACAUACCAAGAUUUAUAAGGUAGAGGUCAGUUCAGUUCCUUCCUAGACGUUUUGUAAUGUUUUCUUUUUUUCCCCUUAUGGUUAAAUUAUGCCUUUUCCAGUGGAAAGUUAGAUACGAAGCAUUUUUUAUGCUUACUAAACACUUUUUAACAGAUGGAGAGCCAACAACAUUUUGCAAGAUGCUGAACACAUCAUCUAUGAUUCCGAUGUUUAAAGAACACAUGUUGGCUUGGAAUUUGGUGUACAUGUCUAAAUGGGUUCUAAUAAUAGUGAUACAUUAGAAAAGUGGUUUUUAACCUCCUUUGAAUGGGAACCAGGCUAUUUACUUAGCAUUAGUUUGUGACUCAUUCUUUCACUGUAAAGAAAAAUACCCUUGGUGGACUCUUCCCAGAGACAAAUGGCUCUUUAUUUGUCCAUGGAAGGCAAUUCUACCAAAGUAUACAAAUAUAUCAUGGGCAGUUGCUUUAGAGUUAAUGAAUAGGAAGUACCUUUUCUACCCUCCAGUUUUUUCCUGAAAAUGUAAUUGGGACAAAAAUUUGGAUCCUGACACAACAUAUGGUUUAGAUAUCUGCAUGAAUGGCAACAUUCAGACUUUAUAAAUGUUUGGAAAAUAAUUCAAUCACAAUAUAAAAUAAUAGCAAAUGCAUCAUAUUGCAUUAAAUGUUUAUUUCUUAUGUGGUUUAUAAUGGUAUGUAGUUUGGAACAAUUAAAAUUUAAUUAUAUUAUGGAUACUAUUGAGUUUGGUAAUAAUGACAUCUCUAACCUAAUACAUCUCCUUCUUUAUACAACAAAAGAAAAUAUAUUAUCAACUCUUUUUUUUCUAUAGAAAUAUCUCGGAUUUCUGGUCAUAUAUAAUGAGACACUUAAAGCUAUUUUACAGAAGGAAUAGAUUACAUUUAAGAUUUUAAUGCAUUUUCCUACCCAAAUGUAUCAACUUUAAAAGUCAUUGUUAACAACUGAUGUUUUCUUAAAUUUUUAACUUAGCGAUCACAGACUUACUUCGUAUACAUAACUGUGUCUGAGUAAAAAAAAUAUAUAAUUUGUUUUUGAAGACCACUAGAACCAAUUAGCAAUGAAAAGUAUUUCCAUUUGAGCUCAUUUAUUGUGUUGAGUUUCCAUUAUUGACAUAAUAGACUUAAAGCCAAGCAUAAGACCCAGUCUAGCUUCAGGUUUCAGAGAUAACUAUAAGGUGUGCUCACAAAAAAAAAAAAAGACUCCUCAAGCAACAUUUGAAGGACAGGCAGUUGAUAAAGGUGAUUUCAAGUUGGUUCAAGUCAGGUAAUCUCAAAUACUCCAACUAUUCAGUAAGAGCUGAUUAAGGAACUAUAUCGAACAGAUUGGGUCAACUUUCAGAGUAGCUGACUUGAGCUGACUUGAACAAUGCUUCAGCAUUUUUCAUGCUGAUUAGCUGUGUUCCUUAUAAUGGAACUAUGGCGUGCAUGAGAAGAGAAAGGUUAAAUUUACUUUGCUUAGAAUUAUUUUUACAAUUUGUUUAAGUUUAGUAGUAUUUACUGAUUACCCUAUUGGGUGGAUGAGAACAUACCUAAAAACAGACUAGCAGAAUUCACUCAUCCCAUGUUAAUUUAAAUGAGGGCUAAUGGUAAACUUGAUUGGAGGCACUUUGGAUGUCCACCACACACACACACACACACACAUAUAUAUAUAUAUAAAUAUAUAUACACACAUACAUUGGAUUGGCUAGGAAAUGGGUGACCUUUUGGGCUCCAUGCCCCUGCAUCAACAAAUUAAAUCACUGCCUAGUACUAUCUCUCACUCAUAAUUGGUUGGGUGAAACUUAUUAAAACCAAGUGGCUCCAUGAAUUUUCUUGAAAUUAAUUUAAUGUUAAUACAUGGUGUUACUUGAUUGCUCGUCACGUGCUAACGGUUAAUAAUAAAAAGCACAGGUAUCAAUGUAUCCCAUUCUUUCCUCAUCCCUUAACUUGUGGGAAUGGGCAUACAGUUGAUGAGUAGACUAAACUAAUCUUUUAACUAAGACACUUAUAACACUAUAAUGUAUACAGCUAUUUUCCUUAUUUUCUCAUGAAUUUCUUUCAUUAAUCAAUUAUCUGUGAUUAUUUAUCACUCAACUUGCAAGCUGUGGGCAAUAGACAUGCAAACUAGUAAAAAUGUGUUCUAAAUGUAACUCUUGGUUACAAGUGCAAAACCAAUAACAAUACUGUUAAUGUCACAUUAACAAAGAAAAUCACUAUAGACAGUGUUGCUCUGUUUUAAGCCCAUGGCAGACAGGAGCUAUAGUUUGCAGGAAGUGUUUCUCUUGUCCCAUUUUGAAAAUCAGUUUUGCCUGUCAGAAUUAAUUACAAAGAAAUGCUGAAUAAUGUCCACAAGAGGGUGUUCCAGAUCUUUAAGCACUGUGUCAUAAACUUAACUUUUUAUUUAUUUUAUUUCAAACUAUUAAACAUUUAAAAAUAAUGGAAUAUCACCUAACCUUAAGAAAACAAAAGUUACACGACACAAACUAAAUUUAACAGAUGAAAAUUUAUAUCAGGUUUGACCUUUUCAAUCCAACAAUAUACCACAAAUAAUGUAUAAUCUUCAAAGUCGUUGCCAAUGUUUAAUAUUUGCUUGUGUUCAAAACAAUUAAAUGCAUGUUUCUGAACUCUAUAAUGUAAUGUACAAAUUUUUUUUUUUAGAAAGUCCCCACCCAACAACCCACACAUCCAUCCAUCCAUCCAAUAAGUAGUGCAUUAAUUCCAUUUGCAACAUGUAUUUUGUAUUACUAUCAAUUUCUUUAUAUAAUAUUUUAAACCUCUGAAACUAAGCAUUCACUUCCUCUGUGAAUUGAGAUUUUGGUAAAUAUGUAGAAUCAUCAUAACUUUUUUUUUAGUUAUCUCAUUGGACUACAUAUCACUAAAUACACAAUUAUAUAUUAUUUUGCUUUUUCAGACAUUGCAAUGUGUAUAUACUUGCUGGCAGUGUAUAAAUACAUAGUCUACAAUAUAUAAAAGUGCAUUGCUGGAGAUCUACUCAUUAAAAGUCAAAUUGAAUUGGCUCGGCAAACCACUGGUGGGUAAAAUAGUGGUCUCAUGUAAAAAAUUUCCAAAUCAGUUAUUUACCUAUUGCACCAUUUCCGUGUGUAUGAAGUGGGGUUUCAAAGCAAUAAAACUAACAGUUUUGUGUGAUGUGUGAAUGAAUCACAUAAUUCCAUACAGUAAUACAGCAUGUAGUGUGUAUGAGUGUAUUACAUAACUCCACAAAACAAAGAUAUUUUUCCACAAUACAUGAGAUCACCUUCCGAUUUCCUACCUUUCCGUAAGUUGAGGGGGCAAUGUACAUAAAGUGCAUGUGCAGACCCAGCAGGCAAAAAAGCAGUUGGACGUGUUGGAGUUAAGUUCCCUUGUGUCCUACCUGCACUCAAGACCUGUGGGUGGGUUACAUGAUAUUAGUGGGUCAAAACCAGCCUACAAGCUAAAUGUUUGAUACUCCUACCCUAAGAGGUUUACUAUUAUUUCAACCAAUGAGCAAUGGGGCCAAAAUAAAUGAGGGGUAGGCAUUAGAUUCUAAAUGUGGGCCGCCAAAUUCUCAUUAUUGUACUAUGAGACAUAAACAAAUUUUUGAGUGGGCCAAGUAAAAAACAAGGAUAAGUAUGUUUGCACACAGUAAGACUGGACUACUUUGACUUGAGCUAGUAGAUUUUAGAAUUGUUGAUAAUGUCUUCAAAUUGGAAGGUGCACUGACUGUAUCAUGUACUCGGCCAAGGAUGAAAAGUAUGGGCAUGGAUCAAACGCCCAUCUUGAAUACACUUGAAAACAUUCAUUUAAUCCAGUUUUCAACUUAUUCCACCAUCUCUAAAUUUAGUUGUAACUAAUAAAAUAGUUCAUGUCGGUUUGCUUCCUAUUAUGUUUGUGAGUGGAAUAAGAUGAACUGUAUUCAGCAAGAAUUAUUUUUGAAUAUUGAUGUAGAAGAGACAUUUUUUAAGGUAUGAAUCUCCUAAAUACUGCCACUUUUUGAAGUGUUUCAGUAUAUUGAUAGUGAUAUACCUUUACAUUUGUAACUAUAUAUAUUUGACAUGCACUAACUCAAAUGGUAAGACAGCACACUUUUAAAACCUUUAUAUUUUACCAUAAUCAGAUAUGACCUGGUUUUAUAUAGGUAUAUUACAGAUUGUAUUAUAUGAUUGUAGUGAAACAUGACCUCUGAGGAGUUUUGUAGGUAUGAGACACUAACCUGAUUUUUAUGGACUUUAGUUUGAGAAGUCACAUCUGUUUGGCAUUAAAACCACAUGAUUUAAGAAAUCCCAAUAAAAAUUGAUACAAUUAUCAUGUAGAAAAUAAGGAACUGUCCGUCUGUUAAAAUGCAACUGGAAAUAUAUAGAUAUAUUUAUUUUUUAUUUAUUUUUUUAGAAUAUUUCAAUGUUAUAUCAUUAAAGGGAUACUAUAAACACCAGACCAACCAAUAUGUCUUGUUUUUAAUAUGUCCUGUUGUAUCUCCCCUUAGAAUUACUUGUUCCCCUCCUAAUAUGGCCACCUUACACUAACCUAACCCCCCUUCAAUAUGGCUACUGACAUGAUUUUCUACUACUACUCCCCUUUUCCCUACCAAGAUGGCCGCCGUGGCUAUUUUUCAGGCUAUUUGAAACACAUGUACCUUCAUAGCUAAUAAGCUAUUCUCUCCCAAGAUAAAUAUUCCUGUUACUAUGUGUGCACUUUAUAAAGAAGUACGUGUAGCCCUAUUUCGAUGUCGGCAAACACAAGAUUUUCACCAACAUCGUACACAUUGCACAAAAUACUACAUUUCCCAUAAGGCUUAGCGGCCGUGAAAUUAUGACGCGCAUAUGAUGCGUGUCACAUGUUUCGGCUUCAGAUGCCAAUAUUAUCUCUAUAAACACUUGUUUUUAUGGUAAAUUAACACAUUUCAACUCUACACUUGAGGAUCCACAAAUGUAUAUGCUUUUUUUCUAUAUUUAUAUUGUGUAAAGUAACACUGUUUGUCUAUUGGAGGACAGCCUAUGAUGCAUUUUUGUCGCCAAUUUUAAACUACCCAUCGGUAUAUAAACCCCAACUAGUCAGGUUGCAUGUUUUGAUUCCAUUUGAAAAAGCCUAUAUUGGUGAAACGCGUUAUGGAUGUUAUUUUGUAUUUUAUCUAAUAAAGGAUUUUGGUUACCACAAUAGCAUAUUGUGCCAUUAACUUUAUAUUUAACACCAUCAUAUCCUAUAAGUGGGAAUUGUACCACUGUACGCAAUAUACGCUAGAGCUAGCCAUAGCUCUUUUACAUGUGAGUGUAACAUCGCAACUUUGAAUAUACCCUGAUAUUGAGUUUUGACAUAUCAGGUUUUUGACAUAUCAGUUUGCCUUACCUAAGAGAUUUGACUUACCACAUCCCCCAAGUACCAAGAAUCCAUGCUUAUCCCUCUGCAUGGAAACACUGAACUUUCCUCAUAGAGAUGCAUUGAUUAAAUGCAUCUCUAUGAGGAGAUGCUGAUUUUCCAGCACUGUACUUGGCUUGUGCUGGCUCUGCCCCCGAUGGGCAUCCUUGACACUCUCAGCAUAACCUAUAUGAAAGCAUUGUGAUUGACUGAGAGAAUCACAUCUGAUGAUGUCAGCCAAGCAGGUAGAUCAAGUGCAGAGCCAGCAGCAGUAGACUGGAAUAAAGGUGAUAUUUUACUAUAUUUAAUAGGGCAAAGGAGGUGGCAGGAGGGCUAGAUGGUGUGUUUAACACAAUUGGGUCAGAAAUACAUGUCUGUAUUCCUGACCCUACAGUGUCCCUUUAACUUAUGACUGUAGAUUUUGCUACUUAGCACAUUAAAAGGAAAUUAGAUAUGGUUCAACCCAUAGGGUAUUCAUUAUAAGAUUAUUUAUAAAAAAUGAUUUCUUUCUACUGAAAUUGUCUCAAUUUAUUAAUCUCAUUUUCUAAUUUUGAAAGAAAGGUUGAUAAAACUUAAUUUCAGAUCAAGUCAAAAUUGUGGUCGGAAGAAGUAAAAGUAUAUAACAAAAAAACGAAAACUGACAGCUGAGACGACUGAUCCUAAUAGCUCUCUUGAUACUGACUUACUGCUAAAUAAUACUCUAUUAUAACUGACUUCACAAAUACAGCUGCCAAGGCAACGUCCAUAUUCACCAAGAACUUUAUACAAAUUCUUCUGGCAGAAUAGAGAUUUCAAGAAGGAAAAUAGUUAUUGUAGCCAUGUAUUACCCAAGUGGGGAGACAAAAUACCUAACAAAUAGAGCACGUCUCCCUGUUCAGGAAAGCACUAAAUCAGUCCAAUGUAAAUGUUUCAGUCCUAUAUAUGGACUUUUCUCCACAAAGAAGUCCAUAUAUAGGACUGUGACAUUGACGAUGGAUUGAUAUGUAAUAAAAAGCAUGUAUAUGAAUGUUUAACAAGUCCUGUGAGUGCCUCCAUGAGCUGCUUUGUGUGCUACUUGACCAGAUUGAACACUGUGGCAAUUAUUUCAUUUUCAGUGUGUGUGCGUGUGUGUGUGUGUAUAUAUAUAUAUAUAUAUAUAUAUAUAUAUAUAUAUAUAUAUACAAAAUAUUAUAUAAACAUGGAGUUGUUGUGUUCUCUAUAUUUCUCUGUAUGUUUUUUUUGACCAGGCAGUGUUCAGAAAAAGUGUCCUGGUAACCAUUCGGUUUAACUUGGAUGAUAAAUGCCAGGUUCCUUGCCACAUUAGACCCCAGAAAGUUUAUUAAAGUCUCUUUGACAAGCAAAUUACUACUUGUGACUAAUGAAAACUUCCUAAACAGUUAAUAUGCUGAAUGUGUGUUGAUCUGAGCUUUGCUGUGCACUUGUAUUACUAGUACUUACCAAAAAUUAUUUUAGAAUAAUCCUCCUCCCAAUUCUUUUUUAUAUUAGACACAUUAUUUGAAUCGAAUCAUCUACGUAACACAUUUUGGAAUGGUUUCAACUGUUUCAUAACGUGUUCAUCAAUUUGUUGAGAUUUAAAAAAAGAGAGAAUGGAAUUAAAUACCUGAGUAGGAGACAAAAGCUUAUGAGGAAUCUGUGAAUAGUAUAUCUUUAAAGAGAGGAGUGAACAUGUUCUUUGGGUCAUUGACAUAAUGCUUGUCACAUUUUAUAGAGUAGGAACAAGAUAAAGAAGAUCUCAUUACUCUUUAACUUUCGACUUUACCAAGUGUUUUAUUGAAACAUGAUUAAAACUUAAAUUCAUUGACAUGAAUUUAUCAUCAAUCUGUUAGAAAUUAGAUUUCCAGGCUUCAUUCUUUAGUUUUUGCCAGAUAUAUUCCCAAAGCUCUAAAACUUAAUUUGCAACUAUUUAAUUUGUUGGUGCUUAGCCACAACUAACCAUAUUUCAAAAACAUAUGGUCUUUGAUGGAUAAUAGGAAUAUAGACAAGAUUUCAGAGCCCUCCAAGCAUCCAAAGAUAUUUAUUACAUAGUUAUUAAACAUGGCAGUACAACACUAUUAAUCGUUCAACCCUAUUGUUGGCCUACAAUGUUGACUUCAGAUCCUAUGUAUGCUGUAUUCUAUAAUUUGAUUUACAUUUUAAGAAGCCAAAAUAUGAGUUCAAUUCUACAUAUAUGCGGUUUCAUUUUUUAUCAAUAUCAGUUGAAGAAAAAUGUCUGGACUUAAUUUAUUUUAAUAUGGUUACUGCAAAGUAUGCAUACCUUGAGACAAAGGAUAUAUUUCCAAUCAUAAUCAUUUCUAGGAAUUCCUUUUUUCCUAAAUCUCUCAUUUUAGUUUGGAAUCAUUCCACAUCUUGUAAGGGCUGGUUAACUUGAACUGGUUUAAUAUGCUAUUAUUUUUAUAGGGGGUGUUGUUUUAUCAAAUUAUUAUAUGUUGCUCAUCCUUAGAGGAUUAUAUAUAUAUAUAUUUUUAAUUAUUUGUUAUUAAAUUAUUAUUAAAAACAACUCAUAGAAAUUCAGAUUAAACAUUUUUUUAGAAUAUUUACAGAAUAUUUACAACAAUUCCUCCAAAAUUUGUAUAGCUACCUAUAAAAUGAUUUUAAUGAGCUCAGAAUUGAAGAUCAUUCAAAUCCAUUUACUAUAGCAUCUAAUGUUCAAAUGGUGCCAACUAGAUUUCAAAAUGUUCAGGAAUUAUAUCCCAAUACAUUUCUCAAUGAGUCUUAAGUUGUAAAAACAUUUUGGGAUGUGUUUCUUCUUGAUCAGCUAGGUAGCAAAGGGUUAACAAAAUAACUAAAUAAAUUUAUUUUUAUUUUUUUUGAAAGUGGGGUCCUUUACAUUCCCCGUUUACUAGGAGGGGCAAAAUGAUAUAGUUUCUCCUAUUCUAUCAUAUUUUGAGCAAUAGGAUAUGUUUUAUUGACGUGAACGGUUUAGUCUGUGAAUGUGUUGGUUUUUUUUUGUUUUUUUUCUGGCUACUGUUUUCGUUUGAUCAAUUAGUAUUAAUAGUAAAUUCUUCUUUGCAUAGAACUAAAUUUAUUACUGUAAAAACCUCUCCUACAAAAAGCAUGAAAGGUUUACUUUAGAGGAUUAUACCUAUUAUACCUGAUUUGUAUACAUAAACUUUGCAUGUUUUAUGUUAGAUAGAGAAACCUCAUCAUUGUGGGACAACCACUGAAUGCCAAUUGCUAUAGGGCUGGAUUUGGGCUUGAAGUUGUCCUAAUAUUUUAAAUACGCUUUGAUUUCAUAAAAAAUGACACACUAGGAAAUAAUCCCAUCAGUAUACGCAAUACGAACUAGCUCGAGUGGUCUUUUUCAGGAAAUAGUAUGCCCUGAUGUGGUGUGUAAUGUUUUUUACUGUGACCCAAAGAUGAAAUCAGUUCUUUGGGCCACAAUAGUAAUUUGUAAAAAUUUGUAACUGAGUUUAUGAAAAUUGCAAGUCUAAAUUCUGAAAUAAGCAGGCCACUCAUAACUUUCCAUAAAACAGAUUAACUAUAAGCUGAACUAUUAUUGUUCUCAGGGGAUGUACUGGAAAACAAAUGAGAUGUUUAUCAAAUUUAAUGGCACAUACAGAUGUGUAAAUGACAAAAAGCAUUAAAUAAUCAAACAAUAGGCAAAUAAAUAUUGAUAAAAUGAGUACCUAAAAAUGAUCUUAAUACCCAUAGGAAAAUACCCUGAGGUACCUAGUUUCUAUAAUUGUAUACGUCUAUGUAGAGUUUUUGGAUUUAGUGAUUAAUAUCACAUUUUGUUCCAACAUACCAAAUUUUGCAAUCUUUCAGGUUAAAAACAGUACUUAAUUCCUGGUAUUAUUUAACCUGUAACCGCUAAAUAAAGUAAUUGGAGUACUAGAACUAUGGAGCAUUUACAAAAUAAGUGAAUUUGUAGUGAGGUAUUUUGUAUAUGCAUUACAAAAGAUAUUGUCUUAUAUUUAUGGUGGCAUUGUUUAAUUGUUUUUUUGGACAGGACUGUCAUGUAUGAAUGCUGCCCUGGCUACAUGAAAAUGAAUGGCCAACAGGGAUGUCCUGCAGGUAUGAAUAAACAUUUGCAAUCCUCAAUCAAAUAAGUAAAGACAUGUAAAUGUUUGCUUACAUUAAAAUACGUGGAAGAACAUCCAGAAAGAGUUAUCUUGUUUGUCUGGCUGAUUUCAACAAGAUUAUGUUUGUUAUAUAAAUAUUUAUAAAUGUAUGUAUAAAUUCUAGAUAUAAGGGAAACAUUUCUAUUUUAUCACAAAACAAGCCAAAGGGUGAUGAAAUGGCUACAUGAAAUAUGCCCCUUAGGUAUACCCUGAACUGUCUAAUGUCUACAAACACAUACUUUUUUGGAGUUGUUUAGGGCCCACACACUGCAACUUAUGGAAUAUAUGUAUAUUUCAUUGUUUUAUAUAUAUUUGGAGCUCUCGUUUGAAUGUCAGUUGGACUCUGUUUUGAAUGUCGAUUUACACUGACUGGAAAUAACCAAAAUAAUGCAAUACUGUUUGAGGCAACAAUUCAGUUUUUCAAUGACGCCAACUCAGUUGUAGAGUCACCUUUUGCAACCAUCUCCCUUCUCAUUGGAAAUUUUAAUCAGCUAUAACUAGCAAAAUAGCAGUUUCAUGAAAAUAAGCCAGUCAAAGACAUCUUUAAAAAAGAAAGCACAAAAUGGUUUAAAGAAAAUCUUAAUCCAUUGGAUGUGUAAGGACUUGUCUGUGUCCAAAAUUCAAAAGGAUUGUCCUCUAGUUGGUGCAAAUUAGUAGCUGGAAUAAUGGAUUCCUUAUUUUCUUGAUCUUCCAUUGAGUACUUUCUUUUUCAAAGAUGUCCUUUGUAGACUGAUUUUCACUAUAUGAUUAUGAGGAGUAGACUUUUACAUUAGCAAGACGUAGAUGGGGUAGGUAAGAUUUUCUAUUUCAUUUAAAGGUUGAAUGUCUAGGUUACAUAUUCACACUAUAGCAAAAAAGUCAAGUUUCCACUAACAGUAUAAAAAUUGGAUAUUUAAGCAAACAUGAGUUAACAAGCUCAGUGGUCUAUGCCUAGGAUUUAAGGUUGCACAAUCUUGAUGUUCCAUUAAUUGAGCAACCAUGAGAAGAAAAAACUUGGUUGCACUAUUAAUUAAGAAAUUAUGAAAUCCAAGAGACUGCCUGCCUCCACAUCUCAUAAUCUGUGUGUGAAUGUGUGGGAAGUGGGAAGUAGCAUGAACAACUGUUCCCAGGAACUCUUAUGAAUCAGGGGUAGUUAAGUCCAGUGUAUGGUCAAAUAUUUCUCAAACAAUACAUAUUUAAGUGAAUUGCUAAAUAAUGAUCCCCAAUAUAAAAUAAAUAAAAAAAUUGUCUAUUUUCAAAUAAUUAUCUUUCUAUAUUUUCAGUUGCUCCAAUCGACAAUGUGUAUGGCACCCUUGGUAUUGUUGGUGCUUUAGCUACACAGGAUUACUCUGACAGAUCUGAUCUGAGAAAGGAAAUAGAAGGAGUUGGAUCUUUCACUUUCUUUGCACCGAGCAAUGAUGCUUGGGACCUGUUAGACGCUGUAAGUAUAGUAAUUUAUUUUUCACCUUCCAAUAGAUAUUAUGGUUAGAAACAGAGAUCUCAUCAUUGAUUUCAAUAUAUGUAAAGUAUUUUGAUUGCCUUAGUGGACUAUAAUCAUACAAAUACAUUUCUGUUAAUAUUUGUAAAUAGUUUUAUUUUUUUAGGCAUCAUAGAAAGACUAAACAGUCUAGAAACUAUUUUGAUAUAUUAGAUUUAUUUAUUAUUUUAGUUAAUAUUUAAUAUUUAUUUUAUUCAAGGCUUUAUUUUUUAGUUAAUGCAUUAUUUAGUAAAGAAUAAUAUCCUAGUACAAUCAAAUUCUACAAGGUUUGCUUUCCAGAUUUUAAUAACAUGAAUCAGAAAUAAUACCUUAUACCUUUAAUACAAAUCUGCAAUGAAAAUAAAGUAUAUUGCAGAUGCAAAGCGCAUAAUGGUAGACCAUGAAUUUAAGGUAACAUGAGCUUGGGUUUGAUUUAGGUAGCUUGGUCGAGUCAAAAGUGGCAAUUAACUAAAAGGUCUAUCAAGUAAAGUCUAACUUUCAAUCAUCGUUGAGGGAAAAUCAGUUGAAAUUGAACAUCAAUAAGGUGAAAGCUUUACUUGCUUUUGAGAGUUUUCUUUAUUCCAUCCAAAGAUAUUGAAAACUAGACAUGUGCAAUUUGUUAAGUUCCGAAUGUACAUUCGGACUAAUUUCGUGCAAUUUGGACAUUCGCAUGCUUGCAAACGUCCGAAGUGCCAAAGUGCCGAAGUUCUGAAGUGACGAAUUUCAGUAGUGCUGAACUGAACCUAAUAACAUUGGUCCGAACUGCCGAAGUUCUGAAGUGCUUCGGAUUUCUGAAAAGUGGCAAAACAGAAGACAGGGAGGGAAAAUUCCAUGAAUGAUGACAGGAAUCUUGAUCAAGAUGCGGUUGUGUGGCAGUCCGGGCACUGGGAGCCCUAUAGAUGUGUAAGUGGUUGUGGUGGCAGUCCGGGCACUGGGAGCCCUAUAGAUGUGUAAGUGAUUGUGGUGGCAAUCUUGGCCCUGGGAGCCCUACAGAUGUGUAAGUGGUUGUGGUGCCAGUCUGGGCACUGGGAGCCCUACAGAUGUGUAGGCGGUUGUGGUGGCAGACUUGGCACUUUGGGGCCCUACAGAUCUGUAAGUAGUUGUGGUGGCAUUCCAUUCACUGGGAGCCCUGUAAAUGUGUAAGUGGUUGUGAUGGCAGUCCUGGCACUGGGAGCCCUAUAGAUGUGUAUGUGGUUGUGGUGGCAAUCCUGUCUCUGGGAGCCCUACAGAUGUGUAAGUGGUUGUAGUGGCAGUCCUGGCACUGGGAAUCCUAUAGAUGUGUAAGUGGUUGUGGUGGCUCCCAUGGCUCCCAGUGCCAGGACUGCCACCACAAUCACUUACUAGACAUGUGCAAUUAGUUUCAUGCAAUUUGUACAGAUGCUUACGAAUUUUCAAAGUGCCAACGUUCUGAAUUACCGACGUUCCGAAUUGCCGACGUUCCGAAUUGCCGAAGUUCGGAAUUGCCAACGUUCGGAAUUGCCGAAGUUUGGUAGUUUGGAAGGGCCGAAGUUUGGUAGUUCGGAAGUGCCGAACCGAAUGCCAUUAGUCUUAAUAGCCGAAGCAGACAAAUUUUUUUACUUACACGAUUUUCCGAACCAAACCAAUUUUUUUUGCAUAUGCACAUCCAAACUGCAAACAGGAUAGAACCACUGUAAAGAAAAAAACAUGUUCUUAGGCUAACUCAAUGCAUUUAUGCCUUACAUUUGUAAUUUUGUUCUUUUCUAGGAAAUUCGAUCUUCAUUGCUGAGCAAUGUGAACAUUGAAUUGCUUAAUGCUCUUCAUUAUCAUAUGAUUAAUAAGCGAUUGCUGACAAAAGAUCUGAAAAAUGGCUUUACAUUUGAAUCCAUGCUUAAUAAUGAAAAAUUGUUAAUAAACCAUUAUCCUAAUGGGGUGAGUCAGCUUUUACCUAUUUUACAUACAUUAAAUGUUAGCUCAUAAAAUGAUGUAAAAACUAUAAAUCAUAUGAACGGAAAUCAAUGUAGUGAAUGUCUAAAAUUAAAUAUUUGUAAUUCUUUAGAAAUGUUGAAUGAAAAUGUACUUUUUGAAGUUUUAAGCAAUUACAAAUGUAGUUACACUUUAUUGUUCUACCUUUUAAAAAAAAUAAAAUAAUAAUAUAUUAUCAUUGAACCUAUCAUCAUUACUUCUGCCCUCUUUUUGUGUUCUGAUAACCUGGGUUCAAAGAGGGAAAAGUUGAAGUAUAUGUAAAGCACUAGCGACAAGCAGAUGAUAAUGGUAUUUUUUAUUACCCACUUCCUGUUUUGAACAAACCAAAGCAUUCUGAGUUAAAAGUCACCAGAACAACCAGAGCUUAUUGUAUAUGUUAUGGUGAUUAUAAUAAUUCCCUUCAGGCUCUUUACAGUGAACCCUGUCUUUUCAGAGGGAAGGCAGUGUUUACAUUACAGCCAAGGGAUUCCUUAUAUAGCUGCUAGAGGUGCUUCCUGGGGUAGUGCUGCACUACCAUUCAGUGUCUCUACCCUCUGCAUGGAGACACUGAACUUUCCUCAUAGAGAUGCAUUGAUUCAAUGCAGCUGUAUGAUGAGAUGUUGAAUGGUCAGGGCUGUGUUUGGCUUGUGUAACCUCUGCCCCUGGUUUGCCUCCUUGACAGUCUUAGCCAAUUCACUGCUUUACUAUGGGAAAGCAUUGUGAUUGGCUUUGAUCAACUCUUCUGAUGAUGUCAGCCAAGCAGGCAGAUCAGAGGCAGAGCAAGCAGCAACAGACUGGAAUAACGUUACAAUUUGUACUAUAUUUAGGGGGCAAGGAGGUGAGUGGGCUAGAUUGCAUUUUUAACACGAUAUGGUCAGGAAUACAUGUUUGUGUUCCUGACCCUAUAGUGUUCCUUUAAGCAAUAGCAGACUGUGAAACUGAACUAUAUUUUGUGAAUGACUCUUUGGUUUUGUUGGAAUAAUUAACACUCUGAAAUGUAUUAAAACAGAUUGUCACAGUUAACUGUGCAAGAAUCAUCCAUGGUAACCAGAUUGCCACCAAUGGUGUUGUCCAUGUUAUUGACCGUGUUGUUACAGCUGUUGGAAAUACAAUUCAAGAUUUUGUUGAUGCCGAAGAUGAUCUCUCUUCUCUCAGGGUAAGUUUGUCCAUGAAAAGAGUUGUAAAUCUCUCCUAAAUCUCUCAAAAGGCAUUUGGUAGAAGUAAGAAAAUAAAAAUAAAUUAUUUAAAGUCUUAAUGUAAUGCACAUGCUCCCACCCUUUAGUCAUAGUAACAAUACCCUGCCUUAUAUCCUCUAUACUUUUAUUUAAUGUCAGUUUCACUUCAUACUUCGAAAUAUGAUGAUUUAAAAAUUAAAGUUGAAGUUGACAACAUUUAUAUUACAUUUCUUCUAUUUUAGGCAGCUAGUAUUGCUUCAAACAUAUUUGACAAACUGGGCGAACCUGGACAUUAUACUCUUUUUGCCCCAACUAAUGAGGCUUUUGAAAAACUUCCACGUGGUGUUCUGGAAAGAAUUAUGUCUGAUAAAAAAGCAGCUGAAGGUAAUUAUCAAUCCCUGCAAAGCAUUUUUUUUAAAGGUAUAAUUUUAGCAUAAUUUAAAAUAAUUCCAUCUUCAAGAAAUGUGUGUUCUUUUUUUUUAAUCAUUUAACUAAUACUGCCUACUGCUUUUAUUAGGGUUACCGUGAAUAGUUAAAAAAAAAAACUGGAGGAAAAAAAUGGGAACCUUUUUAGAAGGAUUAUCUAGAAGCAUAAGAAGGAUUUGAAAAAUCUUAAACAAAAAUGCAAGUGUAUAAGGACCACACUAGUGUAAGGACUCAGUAUUCAUAUGGAGCAGGGGCAAAUCAUCUCACAUUCCAUCUUUGAAUAAAUGCAAUGCGUUUGUGCACUUCUCAUUUUUUUUUAUUUUAGAAAACACAUGGACAGUCAGUUAAAUUAAAGCAAAUAAAGAAAUAUAAAAUUCAGUAAAAAUUGUUCUCUUUUUUUGUUUCACAAUUUAUGUUUUGCUUUUAAUCCCCAUCAGCUUGCUUUCACUUUCCUAAUGAAUUAUCAAAAUGAAUAGCAAGAAUCUUUUAUAAGGAGAGGGGGAUUAUAAUUUCAAAGGUCUCGUAUGUUGGCUAACUAAUGUUUAAACUGGUCAAUGUAUUGAAUUGGGAGGAAAGAUGUUAGAAUGAGUGACAGACAACUCAUUGAAGUCUCAAAGCUAUAGUGCUUGGUAUACUCCUUUUUCAAAAUAGAUUUGUGCAGUCUAUAAAGCAAUUCUCAUAACUUCAUUAGUACGAAGUAAAUUGAGCCACCUCUUUCUAAAAAUUUUCACCAACUGACCAUUGCUGUUUAAAAAACAUCCAAUGUACUGGUUGCUGGUUUCAUGACAAUUUUUUUCUUGUUUUUUAGCUCUCGUCAAGUACCAUAUCCUGGACACUGUUCAGUGUUCUGAAGCCAUAAUGGGAGGUUCCGUUUUAGAUAACUUGGAAGGAAGCAGUCUUCAAGUAGGAUGUGAUGGUGACAGUUUAACAGUGAAUGGUAAAAAGAUUGUGAAUAGGAAAGAUAUUGUCACAACCAAUGGUGUCAUUCACUUGAUUGAUGAUGUCCUCAUUCCUGAUUCUGGUAAGUAUUUAAGUAUUUAAGUAUUAAUAUGAUUCUCUGUGCAGUAGAAUUAUCAGUCAUUUAAUGUGUCUUCACUAAAUAGAGUUGGCAUUAUUUAGUAGUCUGUAGUGUUAUUCUAUAAUAAUUCUGUGGUUCUGAAAUUCAAAACUGAAAUGGAGAAUAUUGUAUUUUUAUACUUUUGCGUAAAAUCUACUGCACAACUAAUAUUUAUUCUGUUUUUGAGAGAAAAAAUCAAAAUGCCAUGAGUAAUGAGCAAUAAACAAUAAAACCGAAGAUGCCACUGUUUAAAUUAUAACAAACUCUACUUUUAAUAAUUAUAACCAAUUAUUUACACAGAAACAUAUAACAGUAUAUAAAGUAAUUUAGUAUGUAACCUUAAAACCAGGAGACUAUCAAGGUUACCAUUAUUGCUUUUUGUUUGUUAUUACAAAGUGACUGUGGUUAUCUGAUGGAAAAUUAUUUUAUACAAUGUUAUUUCUAGAUAUUCUAUAGAAUCUGAGUUACAGAUUUCAUAUAAUUUUUUUUGUAACCACUAUCCAGGUAGCAAUGGUAAUUCUGCUCUGAACCUCUUGAGAUGAGCUAAGAAAAUAUUGAUACCAUAUAAUUUCUUAACAGUAAUGCAAAAUAAAAUAUAUAUUUUUUCGUUUAGCCAAACAAGUCCUUGAGCUUGCCGGAAGCCAGCAGACCACUUUCACCGAUCUCAUGGCUCAGAUGGGUCUGGCAGCUGCAAUGAGACCAGAUGCAGAAUAUACACUUCUUGCUCCUUUAAACGAUGCUUUCUCUGGUAUGUAUAUUUUUACAGUGAGACUCAAUAUCUAUUACACAAUAAUUUUACUGGAGUUAUAAUAACAAAUGGAACAGCCUAUUAGAUACACACAUACAUUCUACAUUCUGCUUACAGUAUUCACAAGCUGCUUUGGUCCUGGAGUAUAGUUUUAUUAUACUCACCUAGUACAACCCUUGUGGUCUAUUAACACAGAACUAACUUUUCAAUGAACCUUUGAAGUUAUGAUGAUUGAAAAUAAUAAUUUCACAUUGGAGAUGUUUUAUUUUAGUCAACUUUCCUUAUGCAUUUUCAAGUUGGUUUUAAAAUAUGUACAGUUAAAAAUGAGGUGGAUAAACAACUAUAUUUUUCCCUAAGUGUAUCUAAAUAAUAUAAUUUACCAAUAUGUGUUUCAAAGAUAAAAAUGCUAAAAUGGUAGCUAUAAAGCUGUGAGAUAGAAUAGAAAUUGUAUAGAAAAUAUAAUUUCACUUAGUGUCAUUUUUGUCUUGUACUAACACUAAACUAGGGCAGAACAAAGAACAUAGGAUAAGCUGAAUGAAAGUAUAUAAACUAUUGAAAUAUCACAAUAGAUAUAGACCACUGCUAACAGUAGGCCCUUACAUUAUGAGUCCUAAGUGGGUACAUCAGUGCUGACAAUCAGCUUUAUUACUAUCAAAAUAAGGGUGAAAUGAUGGCAGCUUUUAUCAGGUAAUCCUAAUCAUUAGGAGAUCACAGAAAUUUCUGCUCAUUCAUUACUUAGACUGUGUCCUGUGCAUAGACUGUAACUGUAUAAAUCAAAAGACCACCCAAGUGCAGCGAUAUAAUAGGGAUAAAGAUUAAUUACUUCCCUCUGAAUCUAGGCUGUAACAAAGGAUUCCUCAAAUCUUCACAAACAAAUAUUCAAAACAAGAUACACCUAGAAAAAAACAAAAGCAGAGAACAUUCAUAGGGAAACAAUGUUUAGUAGAAAUGUCCCUGCUGUAAAUAUUGCACUCACAGAAUAAAAGAGUAAUUCAGGCCCAUCAAGGUUUCUUUAGAUCUUGCAAUAAAAUUCCUCAAAGGUACAUGCAAAAGAAGAAGAACUGGACAUAGUGUGAAAUCUUAAUAUUAUGAAAAACACAUUUUAAUUGAAACACUUACAAAAAGUGGAAAAUAAGAAUGCCCAUCAAAGGUCUGUAUCCCUCUCUCCAAGGUGGUUAGAUGGAAAAAACAGGUAACAGAAAUUGCAGGCAAAAAUCAACAGAAAUUUCUGCUCAUUCAUUACUUAGACUGUUACCUGUGCAUAGACUGCAACUGCAGUUGUCAUUCCUAUUUUGGGGGGGAUGUCCUGGAGGGCUUGAUCCAUCAUUUUUUUGAUGGGUUACAUAUGUAAUGUAUUAAAAAUGUAUUUGAAAAGAGUACAUUUAAAAUCAAAAUCUAAAAGGAUAUUCACAUUUAAAAUUAUUUGCAGCUUGCGCAAUGAGCAGUCAUCAAAAUUUCUUCUUUCAUAAACUGUGCAUCAUGAACAUAACAAACGUUCACAGAAGUUGUUGUUCCAUUCUUAGUUUUAUUCUGUAGAAAGCUUAUUGCUGAACAAGAGUUCCCAGAAAUCUGAGCUAUCAUGUACAGCAGUACUUAGGAGCAAAAUUAGAAACACUGCAGGUUGGAUGGGUGAGGGGAAAAGGUUGUGGUUAUUGAGGAAAAGUAAUUAUUAUAAAAAAAUAAAAAAGUAAUAAAAAAUCUGAUAAACCUUUAAAUAGUCUAUAUAUUGAAGUAUUUAUGGAGAUUUAAAACAUUUCUGUCCAGUAUACUACAUUUUAGCCAAGUUAACCAACAAACUGACAUACAUUUCAGCAGCUGUUUUUCAUUUUUUUACUGGAACUUUUAUAUUUUAGUCAAUAAACAUCCAAAUGCUGUUGCUUAUUUGGUUUUCCAGUUCCCUUCCUCGGAAAUAAACACAUAUUGUUAUCCUAUUAAACCAUCUAUUCAAACACAAACUUCUUAACCAGAAAAACGACAGAUAAAAACAUUGUGUUAAUACAUUUUUCUUAUAUGUUUGCAGAUGAAACCUUAAAAAUGGAUCAGCGAGUAUUAAAAACGGUUUUGCAGAAUCACGUUCUCAAAUCAAAAUUCAUUCUUAGUGAACUUUACAAUGGACAGACAUUGGAGACACUGGGUGGAAAGCAACUAAGAGUGUUUGUUUACCGUACCGUAAGUAAAUACUAAAUAGUUGAUAUAAUUAAAAAAAAUUCUUAUUAUUCAGCUUAAAUUACCUUGGUCUACAGUAACACAACAUACUCUAAAUAAAACAACUGACCAUGUAACUUAAUAGAAAUCUAAGUUAUAUAAAUUUAAAAAUAUAUGGUAGCAUUAUAGUUGGAAUACUUUUUAGUGUCAGAUUGUAAUGAAGUAGUUGUAGGUCAUGUACAGAUGUAGUGUUAAAUGGUGACUUGAUAAUGAAACACCUUUAGUAAAUAUUAUUGCAGAGGUAUUUCUGAACAUGUGUAUGCAUCUAUUUAGUGCUAACAUUAAACAAAAAAAAAUAUUUUUGAAUGAAACGCAAUUACCGUUUUUACUUUCAUCUAAUGUGCACCAUUUUUAAAAAAAAUAAAAUUUUAAAAUUUUUAAUGCACAAUAGAUUCAAUGGCGCAUUACAUUCGGGCAAAAUUAGAAAUUGUCUGGCCAAUUCACAAAGGCGAAUUAAAACUGGUGAAUUUAAACAGGUGAGUUCACACAGGCGAAUUCCAUUCCGGCAAAUUCACUCGAGCAAAUUUCAACCCUUAAAGUGGGCUUAAGAAAUAACAUGUAACACGAAAAUUGAAAUACCGUCAAUGUUACUAUGGUAUAUGACAAUAAACAUUUUCAUUGUAGCACAAGGUUUUAUAGUAGUAUAUUCUUAUAUAAACGGGGAAUACAUUUGCCAGCAAAAAACAUUUUUCAGCUUUUAGGUUUAAAAAAUCGAGGGGUGCAUUAGAUUUAAUGGAGCAUUAGAUUUGAGUAAUUAUGGUAUUUAUUACUUCUACAUUUUUGAUGAUACAUACUCCUCUCAUUCAAGGCUGUGUGCAUUGAAAAUUCAUGCAUGCUUCGAGGAAGCAAAGAAGGAAGGAAUGGAGCAAUUCACACAUUUAGAAAGAUCAUUCGUCCAGCAGAGCAGUCCAUGUAUGAUAUUUUAAGCCAAGACAGACGCUACAGGUAAACCAGAUUUUUUUUUUUUAUUGAGGUUUUUGAGCUAAUUAUUUACAAUCGUUUAGACCAAACUUAAAUUGUUUGAUUUGUAAUCAGAAAGGAUUACGAUCUGUUAGAAAAAAAUGUUUCACAUGAUUUACCUACACAAAUUCCCAUAGACCUUUGUGGAUAAAUCAUUUGAAACAUUGUCAUCAGUUCCAAUACUGUCAAACAAAUUAAAUCGAGGCAUGCGAGGGGAAUAUAACUGAAGCCUUGAUUUAAUUAUUUUAGAUAAGGUUUUUAAAUGAAUUGAAUCUUGAAGAGUAUAGGAAUCCGGUGUAGUGCCUGGGAAAGGGGUGAGGUGUGGGAGAAGUGGUCAGUUAGCAAGAUGAGCCUGUCGGCAGCAUUCAUUAAUGACUGAAGAGGGGUAAUGCAGGUAUUUUAAAUGAGUAGUGAGUUGCAAUAGUCAAGUCAGGAAAUCAUGAGGGCUUGAACAAGUGCUUUAGAUGUAUUUUGAGUGUGAUAAUUGCUCUAAAUAAGUUAUGUUGGUUGAAAAUGUUUAGUUCCUUUUUACUUUUCCUUAAUUCCUGUUAAUAAAAAAAAAAAUAGAAAAAAAUGGGGUCAUGCACCACUAGCAUUGAAGUACACACCGUGGUACUACCACAUUUUAUUCAAAGGACAGUGUACAAAACACAAACGUUUCGGGCAGUAGCCCAUUAUUAAUAGUAAUGUCCUGUUAAUACAAGUUUGAAAUGUUCUUAAGUGCUGCUAUUUUAGCCAAAAUUUACAAGUGUACUGGAAGUUAACCACAAAUUAUUCUGUUAUUUAAUAAAAUGAGAAUUCAAAGUGAAUUUCAAAUGAAUGGGCAAAAUAGCUGUGGAUAACCCUGAUUUUGUCGUGAAUAAGGCCUGUUAUAUUAAUACCAAAAUAACUAUACUUUUUGUUCCUGAUGAGUCGAUAAAAUGUAUUUAUUUUCUGUCUGUUAUCCAUUAUAAUUUCUAUAAUUCUAAGAGUAAAUAUAUAUUUAAGGAACCGCCAAAUCUGCUCUGUAGAUUGAAUAUUUACCCGGGAAUUCAUGUAUUAUCAUUAGAAUAUACUGUGGAUUACUAGUUAUUGAAUAAUUUGAAGCUUAAAUAAAAAUAAUUCUGAAUCAAACCACUUGUAAUAGACCUGAGGUUUACCAUAGGUAAUCAACAAAAUAUAUAUCAUAAUGGCACAUGAAACAUGAGAAUUGUAGAGGAAAACAUUUCUUUUAUAUUAAUCCAAAAAUAUAUAUAUAUAUAUAUAAUUUUUUUAAUGAAAUCUUCAGCUGGAAAUAAAACAUGUAAUUUUAAUCUCUUGAUCACACAAGUUUAAUCUUCUUUUCCUAUAACUCAGCUUUAUCUGACACCAUAUGAAACACAUGCUGAUUAAACCACUUGUUGGCCUUGUGGCUUAAAUGUUCACUUAUCGUUGUGGUUUUUCAGAUGCCUUUGGUAAAAGGCAUUAUUUUGUGGCUCAGAAUAUGAAAUGGUGUGUAAUGCGAUAGUGGUUGCUGUGAGAUGCACAAAAUUACAGUGGUUUUAUAGUACUAAAUGAUGGACUCAGUUGGAGUAAUUACAUUGAGCUAAGCUAACAGUUAAUAUGGGAUACAUUUAUAAAAUCAGACGAAAUUUUGAAUUGCAUGACCUGUGUUAUUUUUCUAACACAGUGAAUUCCUGCAGCUCAGAUAAAUCUAUGCACAUUAGACAAUUUCAAUUGAAAAUAUAUAACUAAAUUGGCAUUUAAGCCAUCACGUUUUUAUUUUUUUCAGUUUUAUUUUUUAUGUAACCUAUGUAUGCCCAUCCCAAAUAUAUUUGCUUCUCUUACUUCUUCCUUGAACACUGUUCACUUAAUUGUUUAUGUCAUUCACAAGAUUGUGCUACUGAACAAGCAUUCAGACUUAUUGGAGUAUUAGUUACAAACUGUACUAUAGUUGUUGGUAGAGGUGGGGGUGGGUGCUUUGGAGGCUAUAUCCCUAGAUAUGAGAUUCUUUAGCUUCUGAUCUCCAUAGUUUGAAUUUUUAAUUUUACAUCAGACAGGAGCUUCUCACAGCAGCCACCAAUUAUAAAUAAAACAAAUCAGUUGUAUUAUGACUCUGUCAGGCUCUCCACCGGGGAGGUGAUCCCUCAUGAAUGUAGUUGCUCUAGAAAUAGAACUUCAUGUGGUCUUACAAUCAUCUCUGACCCACAACCCCACUAUCUUGUCAUCCAUUUUAAUUCAGACAUUUAUCUCAAGACCAAUAUUCAAGUCUUUUUCAUCUUUAUAGCACAUCGUCCCACAGUCAAUCAUUCAAUAAUUUAUCUUUUGAAGUACUAUAGAAGUCUAAUUAAAAUUAUAGUACCUACCUAGCACCUACAAAGCUCUCCAUAAUUGUGCUCAAAGCUAUGAAUUUUUACAAUUUGGCAAGAACACACUAUCUUGGGCCUCCCAAUCUGCUUACAACUUGCGUUUGCCUUCUGUUAUAGAGACUUUACUAAGACUUCCUGUAGCGGAGUGCUAGUCCUAGCAGCGACUCUCCUCCGCUGGUUACUCCAACAUACACUCAGGAACAAGUAGAAUACUCCAAGGGAACAGCCAAACACAGUAAAAUAAUCCAGGAAUCUCCCACCACCUCCCCAGCAACUGGACAAAACUCAGCUCUGGAGUUAUAACUGGUUUUAAUGGAGCCACACAUGGCCUUUUUGAGAGUCCCCAUGGCAGGGGUCUCCAACUACAUAUUCCAGGGGCAUUCCCCACUGGACCUGAAAGUAGACUAAGACAAAGUACACAACAUAAUUACAUUAACUCUCAGGUUACAAUAUUAAUCACCCCAAAAUAUACAUUUCCACACAAGGUACCCCCUUAAGUCCUAUAUCCCCGGAUAGCCUGGAUCUAAACACCCAACAUACCCGGAAAGCGCUCAGAUCCCACGAACGCAGCCGAAUCGCCACCAGGGUAUAGUUUAGACCGACCACACACGAGGUGUCUGCCCAAAAAGGUUCCAUGAAAUUAGGCUAUGCAGUCAGUCUCUUUCAGGAGUAUAAACUAAAUGAAAAACCAAUACAAAACUGUUCGUGUGUACAUUCAUUAUGUGUAUCUUGUUCGGGAGUUUUCUCCUCCCGAACGCCACUCUGUUCGCCUGAAUCCACAUGAAUAUAACGGAAGGUGUAAGUCCCAGUGGUGUUCAUGCCAUCAAGUGUCCGAUUUUAGUUCCAUACACUCGACGACCAAAAACCGUUGUCCCUGUUCGUAUCUUAAGAUGGCCGCCGCCACGUGUUCACACAUACGAACGGUGGCCACCCAGCAGACUGCUUGGAACGUUCAUGUAAUUGCAGUUUGUGAAGGUGUGAACAGGGUUUAUUGAGGUUAAGAAGCAGCACACUCCACAUAUGGGUGGCCUGCCAUUCGGUACUUUGUUCGGUUGUCAAACAAGUCAGUGGUAGUAGGUCAGGAGAAUGGUAUUUACCGAACGUCCAGGCGAACAGGGGAAAAACACGAUAAUCCAAUAAUGGGGGAUCUGUCCCACACAGGGACUACAAGCACAAAACAUAGGAGACAACCGAGGGAAAAAGACACGGACAGCCCAUAGCAGGAAUAAGGGUACUGUCCCAAAGCCCAUUCCACUGCACUUCCCUUUUACUAUGAGGCUAUAUAUAAAAUAAUGGAUAUUGAGACACACAAACCACUAAUCCUUGUCAAGUGAAUAUUUGAUUAACCUACUGCAUAUGUAUGUAAACACUUGUGCUCUCGAGUUCAGCAUGCCACUAAACGUUAAAUAAUAAAUAUGCCUUUUCUUUUUGAAUCCAAUAGUAUUUUCCUAAGUCUUAUUGAAUAUGCUGACUUGAAAGAUCUUCUAAUGCAAGGUGGAGCUUGGACCCUAUUUGCUCCAACCAACGACGCAUUUGAAGGACUUAGCAGAGAAGACAUUGAAAUCUUAAAGAGUGAGUAAAACUGUUACUUUUUGUUAUAUAGUUUUGAUUAUCAAAAAAUAUAGGCAGCAUCUUCUCUUCACAUGUAACGGGGAAAUAUUUUCAAGUAUUUGAAAAUUUGAAAAAAUCGGAGUUCAAGGAUAUUUAUUUCUCAUUUAUUUCACAGGUACUAGAAUUCUCCAAAUUAUAUAGUUGAUCUACAGUAAUGAUUAUAUGUAGGGAUUUAGUGCAUGAACUUUGCCCUUUAGGAUUACAGUAUUACAGAAUAUUAUAGAGGUGAUCUUGACUCUCACAUUAACCAAUGAAGUCAAUCGAAGAGGCAAAGACUUCCAAUAUGAUUUACUGUUUGAUGAAGGUCUAAGAUCAGAUAGGCAUUCAUUUAAUUUAAUGACACAGCUUAAAUUUAGCAAGGCAAAUUGGAACAACACCAUAGCGGAUUUAAAUAUUUUGAUUGUACACUAAAUUUUGCAAAUGUAGCAUUUUACUGAAAACUGCUUCAUUUUUGCCCUGAUAAAUAUUUAAACAAGAAAUUAACAAAACGUACAAAUUAUAUUAACUGUAUCCCAGUAGAACAUAAAAAAUGAAGACAGUAAAAACUGUGAUUGUACAAAACUUGUCAAUUGUCAAUUGUAAAGGCUCCCAAGAUAUUUCUUUUUUGGGUGGGGGGGUUGAAAUGUACUAAUAAAAUAGUUGGAAAUGUUUAAAAUACCUAAAAAGUGCAUAAUGAUUAUUUUUAAUGUAAUGCACUUGCAAAUGUUUAUUUGUAGAAGACAAGGUUGCUCUGCAAAAUAUUCUCCUCUAUCAUCUGGCUCCCGGUGUGUUCAUCGGAGAUGGAUUUGAACCUGGCGUAACAAAUAUUAUAAAAUCUCUUCAAUUAAGUAAAUUAAUGAUCAAAGCGGUAAGCAUAACUUUUUAUUCAUAGUAAUUUAUGAUAUCGGUGUAGGAAAUAGAGAUUCACCACCCGAGAAAAACAACAUGUUAAAAUUGAUUUAUUUUUUUUCCCAGGGAAAUAAUUCAAUUUUUGUAAAUGACGUUCCAGCUCAGGAGUCUGAUCUCAUGGCAACUAAUGGUGUAAUCCACACUGUAAAAAAGCUGCUGUUCCCUGCAGGUUAGUAUGGUAUAAGGGCAAUUUCUUAUUUUGAUCAACAAUAGAGCGGCUGCCCUUUUUUUAUAGGAUAUAAUGCAAGAAAAACAUCUCCAAGAUUUUGUGUGGUUAAACAACUCAAAAAUGUCAUUUUUUCCUGUAGAGACACUGUUUAGUAAGGUAUGACAUAUAGUCUGAGAGUUCUGUGCUGUAUCUUAGCUAUCUUAGCUGUUCCUAGAACUGCAUUCUUCUGGACAGCAUUCUCAGAUGUCUUUAAUAUCUAUCUCUCUAUUUCAGUCUCUCUCGAAGCGCUAAUUUAGAAAAAAAAAAUUUCUAUAUAUUUAUACACUUUUUUUUAAAAUUUGAGGGUGAAGCUCAACACCUUGCUUUUUUUUUAUAGUCCCUAUAUUUCCUUAUGAAUAACUUUGUGAGCUAUGCUCGUUUUGAAAAAAAAAAGAAAAACCAGGCUGCUCAAUCACAAGAUUAUUUGUAAAAAAAAUCAAUGACAUAGCUGCUUUUAUAUUUUAUUUAUAUAUCUUUUUUGUUUCCAGAUGCAUCUAUUGGUAAUGAACAACUUCUACAAAUUCUCAACAAAGUCAUCAAGUACUUCACCAUCAGGGUAUAUUAUUUUCGUGUUCUCUUUUAUUUUUACUUUUCAUACAGAAUACUCAUAGAUCAUACAAUAGAUACAUUUAAAAAUGAAUAAUAACAAAUUAUGCUCAUUUAAGGUUACUGUCACCUUUAUUUAAAGGUAAAAAUAAAACCCAUUUGUUGGAAGUUUACAUUUAGUUAAAGGGUGUACUAUGAGCACCUAAAAAUACCAUUGUGAAGUGGGGAGGGGAAGGACUUACAAUACAUAGACAAUUACACAGUGGUAGAUGAGGACCCUGCUCAAAUGAGCUUACAGUCUUACAGUCUUGAUGAGGUGGGGUACAAAUACACAACAGGGCAGCAAGGGUGACAGCCACUAAACAAGGUGGAAAAGUAGCAUUACUGGAGGAGAGAGUGGAGUAUGGCUGUUUAGGAGAGCAAGAGACAGACUUGGGUAAGUAUAGAUAAGUUACUCUGGGAGUAACCAAGAAGGGGCAUUUCUAUGAAUCAGGGAAGAAAUAUAAGAGGAGCUAGAGUUGGUUAGAGCUUUAAAGGUAAGGGUUAGUUUUUUGAAUUGAACCUAUAUGAUACAUGAAGCCAGUGUAAGGAGCGAGGCAUGGGAGGAACGACAGGUGAGAAAGAUCAGCAUGGUGGCAGCAUUCAUUACCGAUUGUAGCGGGCCAGUUUGGGGAGACCAACUAGGAGAGAAUUACAGUAAUCCAUGCGGGAGAUUACCAGAGCAUGAACAAGCUCCUUGGCAGCAUUUUGCGUGAGAAAGGGGUGGAUGCAGGUGAUAUUUUAAGGUGGAAUCGACAUGCUUUAGCAACAUACUGGAUAUGUGGGGCAAAGGUGAGGCAGGGAACAAAUAUAACACCAAGACAACGAGCCUGCAAGGAUGGACUGAUGCAAGCACCAUCAACUUGCAGGGAGAGCGAAGGAGGAGAAUCAGCAUUAUGAGUGGGAAAAAUAAGAAGCUCAGUUUUAGAGUAAUUGAAUUUCAGAAAGCGGGAGGACAUCUAAUCAGAAAUAGAAGGAAAAAAAAGCAGUGACACAUCGCAGGACCGCGGGGGAGGGAUCAGGGGAGAAGAGAUAUAUCUGGAUGUUGUCAGCAUAUAGAUGGUAGCGGAAUCUGAAGGAGUUAAUGAGUUUGCCAAGAGAGGCCGUAUAAAGAGAGAACAGAAGGGGACCAAGAACAGAUCCUUGGGGGAUUCCAACUGAGACAGGGCGAGAGGAGGAGGUGUCAUUGCAAAAGGAGACACUGAACAAACGUUGGAAGAGAUAGGAGGAGAACCACGAGAGGACAGUGUCACAGAGGCUGAGGGAUUUAAGAGUUUGGAGAAGGAGGACAUGAUCAACAGUGUCAAAGGCAGCAGAGAGGUCAAGAAGAAUUAGUAUGGAGUAGUGGCCUUUGGAUUUAGCUGUGAUUAGGUAAUUUGUAACUUUAAUAGGAGCAGUCUCAGUAUAGUGGAGGGGGGAUUAUUUUAUUGCCACUCCAGACUAGUGACAUUAGUAAAUAACCAUAUUACUUUAUAAAGAGAAAAUUUCAUAGUUUUAAUAGUUACAUUAAAGAGAACAGACAAGUUGAAACAAAUGGAGAAAUGCAUAAAUCUGUUUAAAGAUUAUACGUUUGUGUUUGUUCUAGUUUGUUCGUGGCAGUUCAUUCAAGGAAAUUCCCCUCAAUCAAUAUGGUAAGUAAAUGUGAUUUAAUUACAGAAAAAAAUGAAUAAUUUUUAAAUUAUAAUAGUUUAAUAAACUUUUCUGCUUUUUUGUUAUUUGUCUAUAUUUUUUGAAUGGCUCUAGUUGCAUUAUUUGAGACUAUAUUCUCAACUCAUUUCCUAAAGUAACUAACAGGCGUUAUUAGUCAACUGUUUGUAAUUUACCUUAGGGUCUCAGAUUAUGUUAGCUUCAUUCAGUGAUAUAAUUAAAAGAUAUUUAACCAUUUGGUUAUUUGAUUUAAUGCUUCCUUACCUGAAUAGGCAGGGCUGUGAACAGUAAGAGAUUAUGUACAAAGUUAGAUAAGUCAAGCAAUCAUAGCGUUGUUUCUGAUUAAGUAUUUUGAUAUUAAGCAGUAUGUGCUGAAGUACUCAGCACUAAUACACGUUAUAUAUAUAUUAAUUGUAUUGUGUUUUGGCCCACCUAUUUUACUGUAUGGCCAAAAUUCUGACACCAUAGGAUACUACUCUUUAUGGCUGCCCUGUCGGCCCUUUGUUUUUACUCAACUUUAUAAAUCAGGCUCCAGUCAAGCCUUGUACGUCUAUGUGAACAACCACUAGUGAUCAACUUUCAAUGUGGAUCUGUGUAAUUUUCUUGUCUGUUGAUCUAAUUCACUGCUUGGAGAUAAAAAAAAGCCAGCUGGAUUGGAAGGCAGACAAGUUCAGGCAGAUACAAAUACUGGGCUACUGACAAUGACAGGGGUGCAGAAUCACUCCCUGGCUCCAAAGGGAAGUGUUGCUAUAGGGAGUCACAUUUACACUUCUCUUUCAAUAUUUAAGAUUGUUAUUUUUAAGCAUGUUAUAGAUCACUAGUAAUUUAGAUCUAGAGAUACCCCAAAGACAUCCCCCAUAUAGGCUACUGUAAAUAAAAUCAGCUUUAUUGUAGAAGACUCAGGAUUUCAAACAAGAUUAAGAGAAUAUGAACAUGACUAUGUUUCAUAUGGGAUUUUGUAAGAAGUUACUCAAAAUUCUCUGAUUCUUUGGUUGGAAACAGCAGAUUAAGACACAUUAUCAUAUAUUUUCUGAAGGAAAAUGAAAAACAUAUAUAUGAAACUAAUACUUCUAUCCUUUUUUUUUGUUAUGAAAAAUGUAAUAUAGCAAAUUUAAUUUCCAAGCUUCUUACAGUGAUGCACAUUGUAUUCAGUAUUUCAUAUUUAUUUGUGAAUUGUUUACUCUCAACCAUAUUUCACUGUGUAAACUAAUUCCUUAUUAUUUGCCGAUUUAGUAAAGUAUUAUUACUUAUUUUUUUAUAUUUUUAUUUCAGUUACAAAACUCCGAGUCAGCAAAGGUAAGAUUUAGUUGUUUUAACCCCUGCUUUGGUACAAAAGUACAAACUAGGCUUGCUUUCCCCCAAAGAAGAACGCAAAAAUACAGACUGCAUAUAUAUAUAUACCAGAAUCAUCACAUCUUGCUAGUAAAAUAAAUUUUUUACUGUGUAAUAAGAUAUAUCGCUGCAUGGUAACAAUGCAUAUUUUAAUGAUAAAGUUCAUGUGGAAUUAUGUUUAAAGAUGAAGAAGACAGUAUAAUAAAUUAACGGAUUACUCCAAGCAUAAUGGAUAGUCAAGCUAUUUAACAAGCUUGUCUUGUCAUGAUACAUUGUUUUUCCUCUAUGGAUUUACGCAAGUCACUUUACGGAGCAGCAAUAAGGGGUUGCUUAAUGACUUCAUGAUUAAUAUACAGAAGUAACUCUUCAGAAGGAAAGUUAUGUUUUGUAUUUUUUUAGGAUUUAGUUUGAAACCAAAAUGGCUUGUCGAGUUCGUAAUUCUAACAGACAAAAAGCACUAAAAAAGAUUAAUGCGUGUCUGCAGAUGUAGCAUGACUUAUGACAUUACUUAUGGUUAGGAAAGUCCUUUCAUUGUCCUCUUGAAGAAUAGCAGCAUUUAUUAAAUUCCACGGCUGUUGGAUUGUCCCACGGUUCCAUGGGGCCCUGAUUCAGGGAUUACAAGUAGAAAGCACACACUGUGUUCAUUUAAAUCAGUUCCUUUCUAUAAACAGUAUUUUGAAAGUUAAAUCUCCUGAUAUAUUCAAGGUUAUUCUACUUAACAUGUAAUUUCUAAAAGCUUUUAAUGCAAUUGAAAUGAUUAUUCAUCUUUGAAACAAAAAAGUAAAUGCAAGCAAGACAUGAUUGAAAAUGCUGAUAAGUGACAAGGAGGCUUAGAUGUGAUAGGACAGCAGGGGCGUUGCUAUGUCUGAAAAAUACCUGCAACUUGAGCCCAGUGCACACCUCCCUCUAGGUCCUUCCAUGGCCUCUUACAAGCACCACCAUUAAUCUAUGCAGACUUUUUUUUCACCCCUCAGAUUUUGUUUCCUAAAAGAGCAUAGGUAUUAUAUUAAAAAAAAAUUUUUUUUAAACUAAUAAACUAGCCAGCCCUUCCAGUGUCAUCACCAUUAUUCACGAUACAUUUAAUAAAAUAAUACAUAUGAAUUAGUAAUAUAGCAGCAAUGCCAGGAGAUUCUCAGCAUGUGUAGAAUACAUUAGAAACAAACUCUUGCACAAUGUUAUAUAAAUGCUAUUGUAUUCAAUUUACAAUAUGUUAAUAUAAAUGUCAUUAUAUUCAAUUUACAUGAUGUUAUAAAAAUGUAACAUUAUUAUUAUUUUUUUUUUAUUGUCUGAAGGUCCCUCAAUCACUAAAGUAAUUGGAGGUGAAACUGUUCGCAAAGUUAUUCAAGGUAUGCACACAUAAAUAUACAAUAAAACAGAAUUCCAAAAGAUAUUUAGAAUUAAAGAACCACUAUAGUAUCAGGAAAACAAACUCGUCUGAUACAAACUAGUCCUUUAACAGUUGCCUUAUAUAUUUCACUAGUUUGGUAAAUGUUCCUGUCCUGUGUGUAAGAAAGAAAGAGAGAAGAAGAGAGAGUGUAUGAGAGAGAGAGAGAGAGAGAUAUGAAUUUCAUUGUUUGAGGUAUUAGUUGUAUUUUAUAGAUAGAAUAAUAGAGAUAGUGUGUGCAAGAGAGAGUGUAUCAAAGAGAUAGUGUGAAAGCUAAAUUUCACUAAUAUUACUAAUAUUACUGAUUUGUGUUUUAGAAUUUUUCACACUAAUGUGUUUUACAAUGGUUUUGUUUUUUGCUUAAAAUGCCUGCAACAAUUUAGAAAAGUUAGGAAACUGCUUGUCCUUUAAAAUGAUUAAUCCAAGCAUCAUGAUGGCUCAAGCCUGCUGUGCUGCUUAUGAUACUAGGGGUACACUGGCCCUGUUUCCCAGUAAUGGGGCAAAGGUUGUCCCCUAACCUGGGUCCCUACUGGGCACUGAGUGUGCUCUAUAGCCAGUGACAUACCUCUGGCUUCUGCAUAGCUGCAGAAGCUUGAUGUUGAUCCUGACAGCCAUUCAUUGGCUGAGAGUAUGAGCUGCUCACUCUCAACCAAUGAAUGCAACUCUGUGCAUAGGAAUAUGCACAGAAAUGACAUUAGCCAUCAAGAAACUCUUUUUCCAAGCUGGCUAAUGAUGCUCCAAUGACAAUACAGGAGGUGGAGUUAAACCUCCAGCAGCAAAAUGGCUAAACUGAAAGAAGUGCAGAGUUUUGUAGUGAAAAGCAGCACUUCAGAUCACUGAAGUGGUAAUGGUACUAGGCAUAACCUUUGGCUGUAAAGAAUGUAAUAUGCAACACUGGAUCAUUUCAGACGAGUAACUUUAAACUAAGGAGGAAAAUGACAAUGUUAAAAAAAAGUUACACGUUCUUUUACAUGGUUUUUAUGUGGCUCUACCGAUUAUUGUCAUGUACAAGAAAAUAAACAUGAAUUGGAAUAUUGGAGAGUUGUUAUUAAUUUCAGGAAAAAUCAUGGGGGAUAUUCCAAACUUUUCUUUUUCAGUUUUUGGCAGAAAUAUGUUAAUUAUUUCUAACUUAGGCCUUUUAACAUUUUUGCAUAUGUUUUUUAAAUGAUUUACUAUUUUGGCAUCUGAUUUUAAAAUACUUUUUUUCUCAAAAUAUUAAAAUAUAAAAAACGUAUCAAUAUAUAAAAAAAAUUAUCUAUAUAUAUUGUGAUUUUUGUGGGAAAAACAAGUCUUAUGGCUUGACUGGUGUGCAGAUCUUUAUCUUUGUAUUGAUUAUAUAUAUACUAUACAUAUAUUCAAUACAAUGUUAAAGAUCUGCACACCAGUCAAGCCAUAAGACUUGCUUUUCCCACAAAGGAUUCUGGGUGGGCAUAUGCAAAUGAGUUUAAAAAAAAUCACAUUUUUGCCUCAUUCCAUUUUAAACAUGGAUUCCUUUGAGUCUGUGUUUGCUGUAUACAACAGCUUUGAAACACAACUUAGUAAAAAGAUGCAAAGCCAGUGAACCACUCAUGGUCAGCUUUUUUGUUGUUAAUGCAAAUCAUCAGUAUGAGGUUGGUUACUGGCUUCGCAGCUAAACUGACCCACCCUCUUUUUUGCUCAAGACUGACUUGCUUGUUCUCUCCUUGCUCAUGCUGGGCAGUGCGCAAUCAAAUACAUCUAUUAGACAAACAUUGUGGACUCAGUGAUCUCUUUUAGAAGCUAUAAAAGCAUACAUGGAAAUGGACAUUAAUAAAACUUAAAUUAUGUAACACAAUUAAAUACACUCUGUAUACUGAGUGAAUUAUAGAAUAGGUACUUAAUGAACAUUUUUUUUCAGUGGGUAGGGAUGCCAUGUGUGUCCCUGUCAGGUGUGUGUGACUAAGGCUUCAGAAAUAAAUUGAAUUAACCCCCAAAAUGCCUGGACUGUAACUGCUUCAUCUCAUUGAAAGUGUUAUAGUGUCUAGGGUCCUUUUAUGUAGUCUUUCUAUUCUGCAUUGUUUAUUUAUUUUUUCUAAAUCAGAGCUUUCAGCAGCCCUUAACUUAUGUUCUGCUUGGGCUAAUAAUGGCAAUUAGCAUUGGAGGCUGUGAUUGGCUUGGAGUGUCACCUAAUUGUUUUUAGCCUAUCACAGCUCCCAUUGCUGGUAUGAAUUGAUAUGGCUAGAAGGAAGUGUGCGAUCUCUGCCUUAGCAAGACCUUCAGUAAGGGCCAUGCUGUGGGUGGCCUGGGACCCUUAUUUAGUGUUUAACUGAUGGAAAAUGGUAUAACACUGAAUGGAGAGACAGUGCCAGAGGACUCCAAGCACCAUAACAAAGUCAAUGAGAAUCUAGUGUAUUUGUAAAGUAGAAUGUGAGUCUCCAAAGACACUUAAGUUUGUGACUGGAACUAUUACUGAUCAAAAAAUGUGGAUAGCAGCCAAUAACCAAGUAAAAUCCUGUUUCUUUACAAUUCCUUUAAAUUUUCUCCUGGAAGAGUAAACAUAACUAAAAAUUUAUGUAUAUUGUUACAUUACAUAAGGAGGCACUUUGACUGAGGAACUUGAUGCAUCUGAGAUUAAAAUCACAGGUAUUCUUAAAACCGGGAAUGUCUUGACUUAAACCACAAAGAGCACCCACAAAUGUCACCACCAUUGCUGAUAGUUCACGGACUGAUAAUCUGAUCAAAGUUCACCUGGCUGCUGAGUUUGAUAAAACUAAGCCUGACUUUGAUUGCUAUUGAUUGCAUGAAAUAUUGAUUAUCCAUAAGAGGCAUGUCCAUAUGUAUCACAUUGAACAUGUUCACACUUUUCUCUUCUUCACAAAUAUGCUUGCAUCUUGUGCACAACUUGCAAAAGAAUAUAUUUUCUGAUACUUGCAAAAUAUAUAUCAAUUAUAUACAUUAUGUAAUUAUGUUGUUAACUACAGGUGAGUAUGUAACUUGAAUGUUAUUUCUUAUAUAUAAGCUCUGCCUAUUAUUUAUAAUACAUCUUUGCUAUACACCAAGCUUUCACUUGCUUUGCUUUUGAACUUCGAGUCACCAUGUCACAAUUCUUGAAAUGCUAACAUGUUGUUUGGUUCAUAAAGAUGAUUAAAAUAGAUUUUGACAAAUUUGUAGUGAAGAACAUAGCUUUGUUAACAAAUCCAAUCGAUUGACAAAUAACAAAUUCCUAUCAAAUGUCUAGACUCUGUUUUUUAUUAAGACUUGUCCGAGACUACAGACACAGACAUAGUUCUCAAACCACUUUUUAUAUUCCUCGUGUUGGUUAUUUGAUAACUUACUAAAUUGAGAAAAUAAGAACAAGUUACACAUCAAAGUUGAUCGAUAUAUGUAUUUGCCUCUUUUUCUGUUAACAUUUAAUUUGAUGUUUAAAGUUUCACCCCAUAUGCCAAUCCAAGAUGGUUAGGAGGGUGAGUCCCAAGUCUAGUAAUUAGGUUCCAUGAGAAGAGGGAUAUUUACUUUUGAUGUUGCAGACUUCUCUCUUGGCACUUCUACAGUUGUAACUGAAGAAUUCUAAAGUUAUGUCAUACCCUGCAUCUUACUAUCUUACAACUAGCUCAGAGAGUAAAAGAGAACUUAAAGCAUGGAUCGUCCACCUCUAAAUUUUAGAACUAGUAAAGAAGCAUGCAGUUGGUGGAGUUGUUCUGCAACUUACCUACCAGUGUUACCACCAAAGCUACCUUGCAUGAAAUAUGCUUGAGAUGAAUGAAUAUAAGUUCCCUUUCAGCAAUAUGUAUCUAUGUUGUUUGUGUGAAUAAUAGUCCAACAUCUUCUUGUAUUACUCAUUCACACAUAGUAGUUUAAUUUUAAUUGACUUGUGUAAUAUUCUUCCCGUCCCAUAAUUUUAGAGCCAACCAUUACCAAAGUGACAAAAAUAGUUCAAGAACCAGAAGUCAAAGUGAUUCAGGGAGGAGAGACAAGAAUUACCAAAGUAAUCCAAGGUAUGUUUCUCUAAAUUUGCACAUUUCAGGUAACUGUGUAUAUUCACAAUUAAAUCUUGCACACAAUAUUUUAUAUAUAGUUCAAUGAAAGACUAGAUCAGGGGUAGGCAACCGUUGGCACUCCAGAUGUUCUGGACUUCAUCUCCCAUAAUAAUCUUACAGUCAUAUUACUGGCAAAUCAUCAGGGGGUUGUGACAGUAGUCACAACAUCUGGAGUGCUGAAGGUUGUCUUCCCCUGUAUUAGAUGUACAUUCUGUAACAUGAAUAGGUUGAAUUGUAUAAUGAGACUCCAUGUAUUAUUUGCAAUUCCAGCUGGGUGCUUUUUCAUUAAAUAUCAGAGCAAGGAGUGUGUUUUAUGUUUAUUAGCUUAAUAUUAAGAUAUUAUUAGGAUUUUCUUAUAAUGUAAAAACAAUUAAUAAUUGUUUCAUUGAAACAAGUUCUCAGCUGUCCUAUCUCUAAAUACAGUCACAUCUAUAUACUUGUAAACCAAGAUUAAUGAUUGGCUUGAAGUAUCCUCUAAUUUUCAUAUUACUUAUUUACAUCACCCAUUUGGGGUGGAGAUCUGUUCUUGUUUGGGGAGAUAUACGUGUUGGAAAUAGACUGAAAGGAACAUUAAAUACCCAAAGCCGAUAGAGUUAAUGAUUUGUAAAGUGGGUAGAGCUACGUGCUGCACCUCUCAUUAUGAAAAGGGUGGUACUUCACUGCAGCCUUUCUGGUCAGUGAGCAAAGUAGAUUUAAAAAUUGUUUUAUUUAAUAUUUGAAUUUGCAAUAUUUUUCAAGCCAAUUUGGUAUAUAUUAAUUAGAGUAAGAAUAAUACAUUGAUAGUGUCAUGUUUUAUCUGUUUGCACUAAAUAACUUACUAGCAUGUUUAUAAAGACUAUUUUUAUUAAAGAAAGCAUAUUGGGGUUAUUCAUUAAAUACUGAACUGAAAAAUAAUUUGAGAACAUAUAUACUGUUGUUGAGUUGGGACAAAGUGUUACGUUUUUGCAUCAGUUUUGCAACUUAUCUUGAAGUGCAAUGUUGUUGUUGGCGAAACAAAAUCUUAAUUUAAUUGUGAAUCAUUUUGUGUAUUAACCUUUAUAAAAAUAUAGAAUGUUUAGAUAAUUUAAGCAUUUUUGCAUCACAUCUAGCUUUGUAUUGUGUUUACCCUUCAAGACUUUUUUUUAGCCUUUUGCAAAUACCUAUCCUUCAUUUCCAAUUCUACUGAACUGAAAGCCUUUUGAAUACAAUACUUAGGCUUGUCCCUUACUUCAUAAUUUUCUUGUACUUUUUUACAAUAAAAUUUACCAGAACCCACAAUAACUAAGGUCACUAGAGUGAUUGAAGGUGAGCCAGAUUUUAAACUGAUAAAGGAAGGCGAGACGCAAGUGACUAGAAUCAUCCAAGGAGGUAAAGUAGACAGUAGCUGGAUUCAAUCUUUUUUUAUUCUGAUAUUGAGCCCAGUGACCUUAUAUUUUAAAAACAUUUUAGAAAACAGUAUCUAAGCUAUCUGUCAAAUUAGAGAAUUCCUACAUUUUCUAUAAAAUUAAUUACAUAAAUAUGUAUUUAUUUUAUAAGUUUUCAUAUGCUUAUUAAUAUUAAUAUUGUAUUGUAUUCUUUCUUUGAAUUAAUAAUGCUUUCAUUACUCACAAAAUCAUUAAAUCCAAAAUUUAUACCCAAGAAAAAUAUAAAAGAUGAAAAUUCCUUCCUCUUCACAAUUUUUUUUUUUACACUCAAAUUUGUCAGAUCCCACACUAACUAAGAUCACUAGAGUGAUUGAAGGUGACCAAGAUUUUAAACUGAUAAAGGAGGGUGGAACUCAAGUGACUAAAGUCAUCCAAGGUAAAAAAAAAAAUUGGAUUUUUAAAUUAUUUUGAAUUGUUUGGUAUUAGUAUCUUAAAAGUAAAGAAUUCGCCAAAUUGUUUGCUUUUAAUGUCCUUAUAUACUCAUUUGCAAUAUGGUUUGUAAAACUGUACUGGUUUUACAAUAUAUUUAACAUUACUAAUUUUAAUUAAAUUAUUUAUUUUAUUACGGUAUAAUCUGUUUUUUGUUUCAAUAAUGAAGAAACAAAACUCCUUGCUUUAUAAGACAAGGUAUAUUGUGGCAAUCAGUAUAGCAAAUAUAAUUUGAGGGGAAAUAAACACAUUUUGUAAAACAUUUUGUAAACAUUUUUUUUUCUUGUCUUCAAGGCCCUGAAGUAAAAGUUACUCGCAUUUCUGGAGUUGGAGGUGACAUCGAUGAGGCUACACUGAAAAGAAUGCUUGAAGAAGGUUAGUACUGUACUUAAAAUUACUUGAUUUGUUAUACCGUACAAUUACAGAUUCCACAUAUUUCUGCUCAUCUUGUAGAGAGUGACUGAAUGUCUGGGCAGAAGUGGAUCAGUAAAUGGAUAUGUGGCAAAUAUUUCUGCUUUUAAUAGAGUAUAUCUUAAAUAAUAGUUAUGUCUUGAAAAUAAUCUACCAGGAAUACAUGUCAGAAUGAAUAUAGUUUGUAUGUAUCCCUAAAGAAUGCAUAAUUGAUCAUAGUCAGUUAAAUGCAGUUUGAAUAUUGUGACUAUGAUCUAUUAACAUUCUAACUGAUAAUUCUAGAAAUGUUAACUUUAGAAAUAAAUAGUAUGGUACAGUAUACACAAUGUAUACUAUGUUAAUUAAUAUUAUGCAAAUGUCACUUUGCAUAGCAUCCAAAUAUAUAAAAUAUAUAUUUGAGCUCAUUUGCUUCUGUUGUAUGUGAUUUUGUCAAUUGCAGUGAUUACUUUACAAAUGGAAAUUACAUAGAAAAGACCACAAACCAGGAUAAAUCCCCAAAAUGAUGAGUUAAAUAAAAAUAAAAUAGAUUAUCCAAAGUAGGCAGAGUUAUAACCAAGCUAUAGAGUUCAAGCAUUAUCUAAAUAUUUAGUACUCUCUGUAAAUACUAAGCUCAGAUUCUGAAAAAAAAUGCCAUUACAAUUCAUGGUAAAAGUGACAGUUAAUUGAUAGUAAGAUAAAGCAAUAUUGGUAAGACAAUAUGUGUUAAAGAAAAGAGUCAUCUCAUGAUAGUCCAAUUCUAUUAUUAAUUCCAACAUAUAAAUCAUUUUUCUUUUUAUAAGUAACUUACAGUAUUCAUGUGCUAUAAAAAUAUUGUGCCGUUGUGUUAAAGGAACACUAUAGGGUCAGGAACACAAACAUAUAUUCCUGACCCUAUAGUGUUUAAAACAUUAUUUAGCCUCCUGGCCCCCUUGUCUCAAUUAAAAAUGGUUAAAACCAUCUUCAUUCCAGCGCCACCGGUGUCCGCCGGCACUGGCUCUGCCCCCAUUUUACCUCCUUGGCUGACAUCACCAGAUUUGAUGAUCUCAGCCAAUCCAAUGCCUACCCAUUGGAAACUUCUCAGGCACCAGUAAAGUAUGGGACGGCUUGGGGACCGGGUAGGAUCCGCAUAAUACAGAGAGACUAAAUAUAGAUGCAGGAUGUUUUUAUCCCAUCCAGGUGAAAACUGGUGUUUGAACCGAAUGGAAAUGGAAGAUUUAUAAAUAGAGUUGGUUUCCCAUUGCAGGUCAAAGCAAAUAAUUAAUUUUGUAAUCAUUCAAAGUGUAUUAUGUAUGCUGUGGGUGCUCAAUUCUCUGGUUCAUGAUAACCAUUACAAUUGUUACAUAUCUAAACAUUGAUGACAUAAAAAUGUGUCCUAUCAGAAGUUACCAGAGUAUCCAAGUUCAUUGAAGGUGAUUCACAAUUACUUGACGAUGACGAGCUGAAAAGGCUUCUCCAGGGAGGUUAGUGAGUGCAACUGACCGUCAACUACUAUCUUAUAACAAGGUGUCGGUGGUGGAAAUCUCUCUGGUGUUAUGGCUUGUUUUUAAAGACUAAGAUUUGUUUUCAUAACUAAUAGUUAAUUGGAAAAAAAAAAGAGUUAUAAUUCAACAAUUAGGCUGCAAAACUAAACGAAAGAAAAUAUAAACAUGACAGACAUAAUUAGUCUUUAAAAAAAAAAACUAACAAUACUGCUAUGGGGCAAUGAGCAUUUGUUUACACCUUUUUUUAAAAGAUGAUCUGCUCACUAAUUACCAAAAUGUUUUAAAUUAAUUAUAAAACAAAUAUUCAUUCCCCCUAUUAACUGCAAAUGGCAUGUUACUGGUCUCUGAAUAUCUUCUGGCAUUUACAUUUUACAGAUUCAAUUAAUUAUUGCAAUUACAUAUUGUAAACUCUCUUUAUUUUUUUCUCCUAACAAAUGAUUAGCAACUAAUAAACUUAAUAAUCAAAUGUUUUGUACUCAAAUAACAUAUUAAUGUUGUUUUCUGGAAUAUAAAUCCCUCAAGUAAUUUUGUAAACUUAAAAUGUGUUUUUUUUCAGGAUUCAUUGAUUUAAUGUGUUUGUAAAAUUCUGAACAAACAAUGUGUAUUGACUGAGUUUUUAUGUACAAAAUACAUAAAUAAAUGUAAAAAAUGUGAAAGUUUAUAACAAUAAUAUAACCACACCUUCACCAGCAAUACAAAAUACUGAGAAAGUGCAUAACAACAAUAUAAGCACACUUUCACCAGCUUGCAAAACAAUGACUUAAGAUAAAUAGUAUGGCUUCUCCUGAGACCGUCAUUUAUAUAAGGCAGUCAAAUACGGCCAAAGAUUACCCAUGGUGGGUUCUAUAAUAUAGAUAUUAAAUACAGUUGACAACUUAAGAGAAAUAAUGAGGAGUAAAACAUGGUAGUAGGGAUUACUUUGAGUCUGCAAGAUGCUAAAGGCAGGAGACAGUCACAUACUGCCGAUGAGUCCACAUGGUGGGAUAAAGGAAACCAUAUCAAACAUCCUGUGAUCUUCGUGGUGUGGUUAGAUAAGAAGAUUCUGUAGUAAUGUGUUAAAAGUAUACAAUGACAUAAGAUAACAGUAUGUUUAUUUUAAAAUAAAACAUCCGUAGGAAUCCCUAGGAAGAGGAGAUGAUACAGUGGUGUUAUUUUAAGGAUUUAAAAACAUUCCAUGAAAAAUAUAGUAUUGUUUUAAUUGGUUGUAAAUUAUGGAAUGGUACACACAUAUAUCUAUUAUAUUUGAAGAAGGGUCGUUUUACAGUUGUGUGUAACUGUUAAAUAAAAAAUAAAAAAGAGUGUUCUGUGCCUCUUCUCUGAGUCAUUCUUUUUUGUUCCAGGUUCCGAAAUCUCCAAAGUCACAACAAUAGUUGAAGGUAAGCCAUCAGAAACAGUACUAAUCUAAAAGACCUUAAAAGGCUAAUGACAUAUUUAUGUUACUAACUAAAAACAACCCUAUAUAUUUGUAUGUAUUGUGUUGGGUAGAUAUUAUGUGUUUAUGUGUUUGUUCUUCUUGUUUAGAGCCACAAGUUAGAAGGGUACAGACUAGCAGAAGGAUACAAGGUAAACUUUUCAGAAAUCGUGAAAUUUCUUCAACAUUUCUAAAAUUGUUAAUUAAAAAAAGCAUAAAUAGUGAAAAAGGAUUACUAACAUAAAUCAGAUUAAAAACUUAGUUUUUUGAAUUAACAUUACGAAAAUAAUUGGCCAAUUUUCUUUAUGAUUUUUUUACCUCAUUAUUAUUAUUAGCAUUUAUAUAGCACAAACAUAUCGUGUCGCGCUUUACAAUUAUAAAAUGUGGAUAUUUGACAAGUCAUCUCCAUACAGAAUAUAUUAAGACAGGUGGUGAAGAAGGCCCUGAAGCAAAAUAAAAGUUAUAAUAAAAUGUAUUUACUAAUGAGAAUAGUUCUGCUGCCAAUUUAUAUGCAGGUGGUCGGAUUGUUUAUGUGAGCUGUUGUUUUGGAGUACUCCACAAACUCAGUUCUUCACCUGUGUGUACUAACCUCUCUAGCAUAAAGAUAGAGCAAAAUUGAACCCCUUAAGGACACAUGACAUGUGUGACAUGUCAUGGUUCCCUUUUAUGCCAGAGGUUUGGUCCUUAAGGGGUUAAAUUCAAAUGACAUCAAGAAAUUAUUAAGUAGAUCAGAAUUUAAAUACAUUUCAAAAGAUAAUUUGAACAACUUCAUUCUUGGGAUUUUUAGACUUUUAAAUCUUUUAAAUCAAAACUAAAAUCUAAGAGAAAGUCGUAGUUGGGUAGCAUUCAUAGGCAUCUUAAACCUAAGGGGAUGAAGCAAGAAGUUAUUGGCAUCUUGACUGUUAUUGUAGGCUUUAUGUCCAUCCACAAAUACAAAUUGUUGGUUUAAACUCUUUGCCUGAUGGCAGAUCAAUAUUUUUAGAUGCUUUUUCUCUACAGGUGGUCAGGUCAAGACCUCAGGAUCUCUACAAAAUGUGUUGACCCUAUACAAAUAAUAAAACUUGUCAAGCGCAGUAUUUUACAAUCUCCAGACAAUUCAUGUGUUUUUGUUUGUUAAUAACUUUGCAGUAAAUCAAAAAUUUAGAUACAAUAUUUUUACUUUUCAUCGUCCAGUUUUGCAUGCAAAUCAAUUAUGCAGCAUUUUGCUUCACAGCGCAUGACUAACUAAUACGUUGGGAAAAAAAGCACAAUUUAGGUACUGAUUUAGCGCUUAACCAAGCUAAUUAAACUUGAUGGUAUCCAUAAAAAAAAAUGCUAUGCAAUGGAAACUGAACUUUUCUUUCUACAUUUUAGACUAAUUCGUUUUUACAGCGUAACUUCUUGACCAUACUGCAGUAAGGUAGAGCUUUGCUAAUGAAAUGCAUAUGCACUAACAGCAUGCUUAUUUGAAAAGAAACUGACUGGGCAUUACUACACAAUGUACAGAUACUUAAAAUGUAAAUUUCCAUAACAGUCUAUCUAUAAAUAAAUAUUUAGAUUAACCCCUUCACUGUCAAAUCUUAGCAUAACAUUUAUUUGAAACAUGUGUUGUAUAGCUAGCACAUAAAUAUAUAAUGUAAAUGUGUGUAUAUUUUAUUUGUUAUUUAUACAUCCAACCGUUUUAGAAAUAUUGGUUGAAUGAAAAGCUGAACCACGACAACAUCUACACCAGAUUGGUGCAACUAUGCCUGAAAUAGUUAAGAUACAUUUUCAGAGUCUGGUAUGCAGGAAACGUAUAUCAUAAUAAUAUAUUUUACUCUGCUAAGAGAAUCCAGUCCUAAAUAGGUGGAAAUAUUUCCUAGACAAACUGAUAAUCACUUAUGGAAUAUAAAUGUUGGUAAUUAAGACUUCAUGGACUAAAUUACGUUUUGAAAGCAAAUAAUAGUAAAAAUAUGUACGCACAAUUUUGGUAGUUAAGGGGUUAAAAACAUUGACAAAAUACCAAUUUCAUCUAACUUAAAUAUUUUUACAAUUCUUUUAUCGUGACUUGUAUUUUUGGAUUGAUACUUGAUCUUUGGGUAUGGAUCUCAUUAUUUAAUGACGAUAAUGUCUGCAUGUUAUACUUUGUUAUGUUGGAUGACAAAAUAACCUUUUUAUUAUUUAUGGUGAUGGAUUUAGCUGUUUUAAUGUUGAGGAACCACAAAUGGACUUGUAUCCAGAACAUAAAUGAUUGUAUUUUUGAUUUUGAGUAUGUAUUUCUACCUUCUAUAGGUCAACCCGUAAGAAGAAAGCUGAAGAGAAGCCAUAAGUUAUAACUCCAUUAACAACAGAAACUGUGCCGAAAAAUGGAACAUCUGCUUGAAGAGUAAUACUGAAACAGUGUGCUCUCAUGGAAUAGGGGUUUUAUGGUUUAUAUGACAUCUUGCACAAAUUGUGUCUUUAUUUGAGAAAAACAUCAUACUGAUGUCCAGAAAAUAAAAUUUGAAUAAAGGAGGGUGGUAUGUAUGAAAUAUCAAAAACACAUAAAUUGCUGAAUGUAUCUUCAAAAUUUAGAUAAUUUCCAUAAUAUAUAACCCUCUCUAGCAAAUAAUGUGCCAUAAAAUGCUAAUUAUUUUAAAGUCAAAUCUAAAAGCUCAAGGAUUUAUAAAAGCAAAACAAAGAUAUUUUAGAGAUACGGCUAUUCCACAUUAGUCGUAGAAAAGAAAACGCUAUACUUCAUAAAAUGACUCUUAAAAUUUUCUAAACUUGUUUGAAAUGUCUUUAAAUGACAGAAGGUGUUAAUUUGUUAUCAUUCCUACCGCUACUCAGUUUGUAAGGGUAGCAUAGUUUCUUACAAAAUGAAUAAUAAAGAAAAUAUACCACUAUUAGUGCUUAGAAUUGGAGCCUUUUCAAAAGUAAAAAAAAGUAAAAAAAAAAGAAAUGAAAAAAAAAAAAGGAACUGCUAUACAAAUUGUUGAUACUAACUCAAGUGGGUUUUAUUUGUAAAUGAUGUCAUUUUUUUAUAACAUAAAAUUAUAGAGUCAUUUGCUUAACUUUUUUUUUUUUUUUGGUUCACAUAUGUUGCAAUGCAACAACAAUGUAUGCUAGGGAGGAAAUGUUUACCUUAUGUCCCUGUGCCUUUUUCCUUAAAGGCUUUAAAAAUCUGUUGGGUGUGCCUGUAUACCUCUGUUUCUUAAACGAAUACUCAAUAAAGAAUGUGGUUGAAUUAUAUACUAUUCUUUGUGUUUUUUUUAGUAAC